AGUUUCCAUUUAAUUUUUUUCGAGAGAUUUUUGUGUAAAUGUGAUUUGUAAAAGUUGAAUCGGUUUUUUUAUGUUGGCAGAACUUUUGCCUGGUUAUGUUUAGAACGUAGACUUAUCAUAAACUUAAAAACUAUACAGAAAGGAGAAAACCUUCGGAUGUGUCGCUAUGCUGUCCGAAUUUGUUUGAUUUUCAACAAUUAUGAGACAGGUUGAUCUGUAAAUUUAAGCCGGACUUCAUAGAAAAAAGUUUAGUGGCGUUUGUGUUCAUUAUCGGUUCGUCCUCAUGGAUAAAACGCUGGAAUUCUACAGGCUCGAGGUGACUGGGACGGAAUGGGAAGUGCCCGUCAGGUAUCAACAACUGAUACCAGUCGGUAGCGGAUCAUACGGCCAAGUCUGUUCUGCAAUUGAUACCCAGUAUAAGGCAAAAGUUGCAAUUAAAAAACUACCUAGACCUUUUCAGUCGGCAAUACAUGCAAAACGUACUUAUCGUGAACUGCGAAUGUUAAAACAUAUGUGUCAUGAAAAUGUAAUUGGUUUACUAGAUGUUUUUCAAUCCUCAAGAAGCAUUGAUGAUUUUCAAAACCUUUAUCUAGUAACACACUUGAUGGGUGCUGAUCUUAAUAGUAUUAUAAGAACCCAACCAUUAUCUGAUGACCAUGUUCAAUUCUUGGUGUAUCAAAUUUUAAGAGGCCUUAAAUAUAUACAUUCUGCUGGAAUAAUACACAGAGACCUUAAACCAUCUAACAUUGCUGUUAAUGCAGAUUGUGAGCUUAAAAUAUUAGAUUUUGGAUUAGCUAGACCUACUGAAAAUGAAAUGACAGGAUAUGUGGCGACACGUUGGUAUCGAGCUCCUGAAAUUAUGCUAAAUUGGAUGCAUUAUAAUCAAACAGUUGAUAUCUGGUCAGUCGGUUGCAUAAUGGCAGAACUUAUAACAAGAAAAACACUUUUUCCUGGCAAAGACCAUUUUGAUCAUUUAAAUCUUAUUCUUAAAAUGUGUGGUACCCCGUCUGUGGAAAUCAUGAACAAGAUUUCUUUUCUAGAGGGGAGAAAUUACAUACAGUGUUUACCUGUGAUGAAAAAGAAAGAUUUUCAAGAUGUCUUUAAAGGUGCCAAUCCUUUGGCAAUAGACCUUCUUGAAAAAAUGCUGGAACUUGACCCAGAAAAGAGGAUAAAGGCAGAACAAGCGCUCGCUCAUCCGUACUUGAAGCAUUAUGCAGAUCCUACAGAUGAGCCCACUUCUCCUCCGUAUGAUGAAAGCUUUGAAGAUAUGGAUCUUCCAGUUGAAAACUGGAAAGAACUGAUCUAUGAAGAAGUAAUCAACUUUAGGCCACAAUGUUUUCCUACACCUUCCAGUUAAAACAAACCGGUUAAAAUAAUAAAUGUAUAACACUUUUUAACUUGUUUCAUUGUAACAAGAAAAACAUUGAAACUGAAAAAAAAACUAAGAAUAAUUGUUUCAAUU